CGAACCUUAGCCCUGGCUUUGGACGUAAUGUUGACUGUCCAAUUGCAACGCUGUUUAUUCUGCUUUUGGUUCAAUGAGUUCACGUACAGCAUGUUUUGUACACAUAGCUGGCAUGCCAGGUCUCCGAGUAAGACACCAGUGAACUGUGGCAUUAGAAUGCAUUAGACAUUGUCGUGUAGGAAGUGUAAGUGAGGUCCAUGGCCCAGCCACAAAUUCGACACAACAAAUUGAACCGGCGUGCAUUUUGCAAGACUGAACCAGUGGUAGUGGCUCAAUCUCAUCCCCUCAAUUUAGAAGGAAGCACUCAAGUGCAGCGUGGGGCGCCUUGGCAUGGCGAAGCCACAUCAGCAGUACAUGGGUGCCCAAUUGAUGGACAGGGACAGUGAUGAGGAAAGUUUAGAGGAGAUGGAUAUUGAAGCGAAUCUGUGUUGCCCGGAUGCACUAAGCGCCAUUCUCUCCACUGUCUUCUUUCCCAGCUGGCUGUGUUCCCUACAGAUGAUCAAACAGAAUGAAAGAGCCGCGGCACUGGUCUGGGGUAAAUAUGUUGGAAGCAUCAAUGAGCCCGGGAUUCACAUUGUGAAUCCAUGUGGCGUGGUGAUUCGGAGGGUCACCACGGUGCGCAAGACCUUGGACGUCCGGGAGGUGAGUGUCACCGACAAGGAUGGAAAUCCCAUCUACAUCAGUGGCAACAUCGCUUACAAGAUCACUUCGGCCAAAAAGGCCACUGUAGAUACAGAGCAGCCAGACAAGUACACACUUGAGAUGGCUCCGAUGGUGCUUCGAACAGUGGCUUCACGUUUCCACUACGAUGAGCUGCGUAGUGGUGCUCCAAGUCAGAUGCUUGGAGAUGAGCUGCAGAAGUUGGUCCUCAGCGCUGGUGUGCAGGUGCUGAGGUUUCAGCUCACAGAUCUCAAGUAUGACUCGCAGAUUGCAUCAGCCAUGCUUGCACGACAGCAGGCUGUGGCACAGGUCGAUGCAAAGCGUGCGCUGGUGCAUGGUGCGGCUGAAACGGCAUCGAGCACUGUGGCGCGGCUGAAGCAGCUGGGCCACACCUUCACAGCAGAGAAUGAGCAAAGACUCAUCCAUGAUUUGCUGCUGAAAAACCUCGACCCAGACUACAAAGCGCGUGCCACAAUCAUGUCACAGCAGCCAUGAGGCACCACUGUGGCCAUUUGUGUGGGCAAGGGCCGCUCAAUAAUUGGCAUGCAAGUUCGCAAAUGCAUUCGAUUUGGAUUGCGAGUGG